AUGUCAUAUGAAUGGUUGAAUCCUCCCAAAACGUGGCAUGUAGACGAUAACACAAAAAUAAUUACUGUACAAACAGAUGAAAAAACGGAUUUUUGGAGAAAGACACACUACGGAUUUAUUCGAGAUAAUGGUCAUUUCUAUUCAAAGACAAUGACCGGUAAUUUCGCUUGUGAAGUGCUCGUCCGCGGUGAAUAUCGUGAUUUAUAUGAUCAAGCCGGUAUAAUGGUUCGAUUAGAUGAAGAAAAUUGGCUUAAAUGCGGUAUCGAAUUUGUCGAUUCGAAACAAUAUGCAAGUGUUGUUGUAACGAGAGAUGGUUUUUCCGAUUGGUCAAUUAUCCCAAUGAAGGAUAAUUUAACUGCAUUGUGGCUGCGUGUUAAACGGUCAAAAGAAGCACUUCACAUUGAAUAUGAUGAUCAGGGUGAUAAAAAUUAUAAAAUGAUGAGAUUAACAUAUCUGCCAGAACGUGAGAAGACACAAGUGGGAAUUAUGUGUGCAUCACCUGAUGGCAACGGGUUUAAAGCGUACUUUGAACAUUUGAACAUUGAAAAGAAUUAG